AUGGAUCUUGAACAACUCCACCUAUGUCGUGUAUUGAAUGUUUUCCAACUCAUUAACAAUAGAGACGUGAUUCAUGAUGUUGGAAACGGCAAGGACCAAGUGAAAUCCUUGUUUGUUACUCGUCAUCGGAAAAGAAAAGUGAUUAAAGAGAAGAUGAACUGUUAUGAUACAAUAUCUUACUCUUCUGCUGCAGCUACUACUAACAAGAUUUGUGGCGUCGUCUUGGACGAAUUUCUGCAGUGCCUUCCGGCGGUGGAAGGCAGUCCACCUUCGGCUCCCACAAAGGGUUGUUGCGGGGUAAUUCGAAAGGCUAAUCUGCCAUGUCUAUGUAAAUACAAGUCCAAGAUUCGCGACAUGGGUAUUGACCCGGUCAUGGUCUUGGCCUUGCCCAAAAAAUGCCGCAUCAAACUUCCACAGAAAUGCUAA